AUCAAACUAUCCAUAGCAUCUUAUACGUGAAGACUUUAAAUUUCUACAGAGUCUUCAGUGCAUCAGGCGUGGAGAAAUAGUGAAGUAAACCUAAGCUGUGGUGGUGCGCGUCUCGGACUACCCAGAGGAGUGGUGGAGGGACUGAAGGCCUCGCGCGCUCAGACAAACGUGCAGGAUCUUGGCUGUUAUUUGCCUGUUAUUUUGAUCUGUUAUUUCUUAUCCUGGUCCCGGGAGGUGAUGCGCGUUCUGAGGCACCCGGCAGCCCUGAGAGAUGACAAGUAGUGCGGCGGGGCGGGUGGUGGAGAGCAGCAGUGGGUCACCAGCCAUCAGCGUCGUGGUUACAACCAUCCCGACCAACACCUCCCAGACUGCCUAUGUUGACCCCAUUGGCUCUAAUACAGCACAGCACCCCUUCUCCCAGAUCAAGCUUGUAGGGGUUGGUGGACUGGAGCGGCAACACUACUGCUGUGAUCACUGGUUCCCCACAUCCAAGAGCUACCAUCGGCAUCUGGCAGAAAAGGCUUUCUCAGACACCAGUCAUGAGGCGAAACUGCUGGACCUGGGUAUGGUGCGGUGCACCCACUGCUCCAUGUGGGUCCACUCUGAGAAUAUUGUUGCCCACCAUGCAAAGAGCCAUGGGAACAACAAACAGGCCAAGACAUCGAAAGUGAUCCCAGUGAGCACCAUUGCUGGUAUGUCAGGACUUGGUCGCGAGUCUUUGAUGGGCGGAACAAACAUUGUGAUCAAAGUAGCAGGACAAAAUGCUGCAAGGUCAUUCAGCACUGUUAACUCUAAGACUCAUGUUAGUCCACUUGCAUCAUCAGGCACUGUGAAACUGGUGAGCACUUCAACUAGUAAUCUUUAUCAGAAGUUGCAAAAGAUUAAUCACUCGACUGACAUUGGAAGCGAAAAGGUGAUUGUUCGCAAAUCAAUAUCCAACACCUCACCAAUGGUUAAUGUAGGACCACGCUUAGUGAUGAAAUCAGUCAGACAAGGUGUUGUGCCUUUAGGCAGAAACCACAAGAUGCUGCAACAAGUGACUCAUUCCAACUUGAGUCCAGUCACUAGUAUAAAUAGAGUGCCCUUGGCCACCACUUUUAAAGGGACUAAGAUUAGUCCCUCUGGUUUACCUGCAGCAAGUAAAGAAACUCCAUUUAAACCAGUGGUUUCACAAAGCAACCUUCACAAAAUAUCUGGGAAAAAUUUGAAACUUGUGAAGAAAGGAACUCCAGUUGUUCCAAAAGCUAAAUCUGUGACUACAAAUUCUCACAAGAACCCAGAAUUAUCUGAAAGUACAAAAAACAAAGAAAAAAAUAAACCAUUAAGUAUUGGAGAUGCAUCGUCACGCAAAGUUCAGCAGACCAAGAAACGUCGCAAGCAAGUUUUGAAGCCCAGUGCGAGUGACGUUUCCUACACAGACACUGUUACAGCCCCUACUCCCGACCCCCCUCCUCCUCCUCCUCCUGUGGAAGGAAGAACGAGAUUACGAAAAAAGAAAACAAAGUUACUCUCCUCAGGUGAGAGAAAUACCUCCAAUCCUCCCCCCAACCACAAAGGACAUAGGAGAAAACUGAAAGAAGCCCACGACUCUUACACUCCUAAAAUGGGCAAGCGUCCCAGCCGAGGGAUCCGUGGAAGCUGGAACAAAAAGAAGCGCAGGCCGGGAAGACCAAGGAAGAGCCAGUCAGAGGAGACGCCAGACACCUCAGACACAGAUUCCCUUUUUGGCGAGACGAACAAAGAGGAUCUGGAGAAUGAGCCUGUGGUGGUGGCAGCGGCGGCGGCGGCAGCCAAGAAGGAGGAAGAGAAUAUCCCAACUGUCGAGCUUGACCUUUUCACUCUUCCUUCUACUAAUGAGCAAGUGUCUGUCCUCCUCACAGAACCCCAAAACCCUAAUUUCAAGGUGUAUGCUAGUAUGGAUGCCAUCUUUGUGGGAGACUCUGCUUUGGGGGAUGUCACAAACCAAAUUGGCUAUGUGACUGAUGCCAACAAUGUGGUUUAUGUCAACCCAAGUCACUUCCUAUUUCCUAAUGUGGAGGACCUGGAGAACUUUGUGCCCAGCCCCAUUUUGACCAUGAAGGGGAACAAGGCAGGCGCCACACCUCCCCGUAAGACCUGGACCCUAAACAACAAUAAGGCUUAUCCACACAUCAUCCUCAAGCAUGCUGGUGUCAGUGGCCCCAGAGAUGCCGUAAGCAGUGGCACCAGUUUGGAAAAGGCGAGUAAUGAGGAGGGAGAAUCUCAUAUUUCCGUUUCCUCUACCAAGCCCAAGGUAGAAGACCAUGUCCUGAAGACCACACAGUCUGGCAACACAGUGCUGGUGGCGCAGGAGAGGAAGAGCACCCCCAAGAAAAAGCCAAAGCCCAUGCAAGCAAGUAACUCCUUAGAACCAGAAGCUAAAAUGGUAACAAAGGAGUCUCAGAAGUCUACUACAGAGCCAGUUGUAACCUUGGCCAAUGGGAGUAAGAAAAGAAGCCAUAAGAAAAAGAAGAGUGUCAGUGAAAGCAGCUCUGAGAAGGGGGUUAAGAAUAGCAGUGUGAGUAUUAAGAGUAUUAAUGAGAGCAGUCCGCUGGUGGGAAGUGCAUCUACAAGCAGUCCUGUCCACGUGCCACCCAAGUCCACCACAAGUGUUAAGCUCAGAGAAAAUGGGGAAGUCAUGAACAAGGAACACCCAGUACCAAUUGACUCCUUGAUCCAAAAGUGUGUAGUGAAAAUAGAAGAGUUGAAAUAUCCCCAUAAAUAUGAAAAGCCAGCCCCGUUAUCUCCUAAACUCUCGUGUGACGACAAAGAGGUAAAAACUUCAGCGGACACUUCUUUGGAGGUGUCACAGACUUUGUCCCCUGUUAAGACUGUUGAAGAGAGUGUUGAAGAGAGUGUUCCACAUGAAGAGGCUCCAGUAGAUUCCUCUGUUUUGCAAGUGGUUAGUGAAGACAAGACCAGUCAAGCUGUACCUGAAGAAACCUCUACGCUCCUUCCCAGUGUUGAAAAGAGCGACACACCUCCAGCAGCGCCCCCAGCAGAGGACGCUGUGGCUGAUGAAGAGGACAUCAAGCCUCCAGAAAGUGUGAACGUAACCCCAGAAACAAAUCCUAGUGCUCCUGUGACUGAAGAGAGCAAAGUGUUGUGUAGGACAGUGGGUGGUGGCCUUCCAAGGAGGAUGAGAAGGAGGAGGUUGAGAACUAAGUCUGCAAAUAUAGUGAGUUUAAUUACAGACUCCAUGCAAGAGGUUAGUAAUGGUCAUAACAGAAGAGUACGGCAUGUUAGUGAGAACUCAAGUUUAAAGAACACUGAAGUGGUUGAACAGAAGAGAGUGUUAGUUAAUAGCAAAAAUGAAAGGACAGGAAGUGGCCAUUCACCAAAGAGAAAAUGUGAGAAAGUGAGUGUAAGUGAUUCAGAAAACCUUGUAGACAAUAUUGUACCAAAGGAGGCCAGUGACUCACCCCAAAGCACUACGCAGUUACCCAGCACUACCCCAGAAAAAAUAUUAAGUGAAAGUGCAGUGACCCUAUCAAACACAACACCACCAAGUGCGGGGAAGGGAGUGAAAAAACAUAAGUCAAAGCACGAAAGCAAAGUAAAAACUCCGAAAGUGGAAUCUCAUAGUACUGAAAUGACAUUACCAAUUGAUGUGUCUGGUGAAGUGUGUAAGAAGGAGCCUUCUGAAGAGGUGGAUGUUGAGGAAAAGCCCCUUCAGGCAAGAUCAGUCCGGGAGAGGAGGCCAAGUUUCAAGCUUUUAGAGAGUAUUUCGGUAGCUAGUCAGAGUCCCAAAAGAUUACUGCAAACCAAAGUGGAAGACCCUGUCACUCCAUCAGAACACAGUAUUGACAAACUUGAGAGCACACAACCAAGUGAAAAUGGUUCUGUUUCUCCCAUCACAGUGGACACAUCGCCAUCCCGUGAGUGGCGAGGACGAGGGGCAAAACUGAAGGCACAAGUUCUUAUACAGGAUCAGCAGGCUGGUGUCAUGGAUUCUCAUAUUUACCCACCUAACGAUUCACUUACGAGCAGCACAUUUACUAGUAUAACAGAGCCUCUAAGCCCUAAACUAAUACCGCAGUCACCACCCAAGACACCUCACACAGUAACAGCAAAAACUCCUCCCUCACCUCACACAGUAAUAGCAAAAACUCCUUCUCCCUCUAGCAGUUCUAAGGCCUUCAAGUCACCCACCACUCUACAGAACAGGGAGUGGCAGGCACGUGGAGCCAAAUUGAAGGCUCAGGUGAUGAUCAGUGACCCAUUGAGCAGUUUAGUCCCAUAUGUUGAUUCUGAGGAAAUCUCCAAGCCUUUAACUUCUCCACCUGCCAAAAAAAUUAAGUUGGACUCCUCACCAACAUACACAAAAGACAUUCGCUAUUAUAUCAAGCAGCACCAGUCACAAGCUCCUGAGGAGACUGCCCGUAAACCGUCGUCACCUGUCACCCUUCACUCUCCAAAGUCACCCCAUGCCACUAAAGCCAUAAAGCAAGAGAAGAACACGAGUGACAUCAGAUCAUACUUCAAAUCUGUCUCGCCCUUAACCAAACCCAAGAAAGAGAAAGAGGAGCCUCUUAAAGAGAAUGAAUGCACACCACCAAAGGAGUUGGCCUCCAGACUAUCUACAGAAAAUUCACAGGAGUGCUCCAGCAUGAAAGAUUUACAGUCUAUUAAACCAAUUCCUGUGUCCGAGUGCAGCUUUGAAGGGUUUGCAAGACUUAGAAGACAGUCUGCUUUGCGUUCCAAGGCACUUUUAAGACUGUCUUCCUUGUUGCACACAAAGCGCUGGUACUGCGUGGACAGGUUCCCGUUCCCAGUGGACCAGCUCUGUGACUGGGAUGAUGACCUUCUCCAAGCACUGUCUAAUUAAUAUUAGCCUAACAUGAAACUGUUUAGGAGUCUCAAAGAUUUGUAUUAAACUGUCUUGUGACCCUAGCCCAAGAAUGUUCCUUAGUUUCCUCAUAAGGUUCAGGUUGCUUUUCAUGAAGUUAUUAUAGCAAAUGCCACACUUGUGUGUGUAUAUAUAUAUAUAUAUAUAU